AUGGCUGGUACUGAGUCCUCAUCCAUACUUCAGGACAGUGGACUCAUAUCAGCCAACGUUGGAGACGCCGUGAUUGUGCACUGCUUCUAUGAAGGCCACAUGGACAUGUAUUUCUCCUGGUACAAGCAACCCUUGAGAGAUAAGCUUCAACUCUUAUCAACCGUCUAUAAGUUUGAAAGGAACGCAACAUUCUACCAUGAGUUUAAGGAUAACCCUCGCUUCUCAGUGGAAAAUGGCCAACAAAAGAAUCACCUAAGGAUCUCAGACAUGCAGCUCUCUGAUUCAGGCACAUACUACUGUGGAAGUGCUUAUGGCAACAAGGUGGAGUUUGGAGAAGGAGACAUUCUCAUAGUAAAAGGAUCAGGGUCCAGAAACAUGUCUGUGCUCCAGCAGCCUGUGUCUGAGUCUGUCCAGCCAGGAGACUCUGUGACUCUGAACUGUACAAUACACACUGAGACCUGUGUAGGAGAACACAGUGUCUAUUGGUUCAGACAUGGCUCAGGAGUAUCCCGUCCAGGAAUCAUUUACACCCAUGGAGACAGGAGUGAUCAGUGUGAGAAGAGCCCUGAGGCUGGGUCUACCACACAGAGCUGUGUCUACAACCUCCCCAAGAGGAACCUCAGCCUCUCUGAUGCUGGGACUUACUACUGUGCUGUGGCAUCAUGUGGGGAAAUACUGUUUGGGAACGGGACCAAGCUGGACAUUCAAGGUAAAACCCACUUAAUCUGUUAA